AUGUCCGUCGCCUCGACACUGUUUGCACGGGGCUCGGACAAGUUAUACCUCGCCAUCCUACUCGUCUGCGUCGUCGUUAUCUCCUGUCUCAACGGACCGUUUGCCUCGCUAUUCCACGCCGACACCGAUGGGGUAGACGACUUUGUUUAUCGAGCCACAGGUAUCGAGGGCGACAUUCACCUCUCAGAUUUCGAGCUCGGCGACAUUGCAGAAGAUACCGCGUCGAAAGGAGCCGUCAGCCAUUUUUACGAGGGAGAAUGGGAGCCUCCGGGGAUUCCAGACCUGGAUCCAGAGAGGAAUAAGAUUGUGGGCGAGUUCAUCAACGCCAUCAUGGAUCCCAAAGACAGGACGUUUCCCCGACUACGAUGCCCACGACCCAUAAAAGAGCGAUACGAGAUCCUGCGACGGCGGAGAAACUUUGCAACGAGAUGGGACACGCCUCCGAGACGAUGGUUUUUCGCUCUCAACCUAUACCAGUGCUCGCACGUCCUGCCGCGCCUGAUGGCUUCGGUGGUAGAAGCAAUCCGUUUCCUCCGGCCCGAAGACUGCGUCCUGUCCAUCGUGGGUGGCCGCUCGAACGAUGGCACCACUGAGAUCCUGGCCAAGUUGCGCGAAGAGAUUGAAGCCAUGAACGUCACAUACUAUUUCAGCACGAGUGACGUCGAUCCGUUGAAAUCGGGCAACGACCGCAUCACCGAAUUGGCUAUUCUACGAAACCUGGUGAUGGAUCCCCUGGUGCGGCAACCCGAGCUGUACGACCCAGAUACGACCGUCAUUUUUCUCAACGAUGUCUCCAUCUGCACGGACGACAUCCUCGAACUUGUAUACCAGAAGGUCUAUCAAAAAGCCGACAUGACCUGCGCCAUGGACUGGGUCGAUCAUGGAGAGACGUUCUACGAUUCCUGGAUCUGCCGGGGCAUGAGCGGCGACAUGUUCAUCGAGAUCCCACAAAGUGGCAGCUUUGAAUUCAAACACAACUUGUUCUGGAACGAUCCAGACACGAAGACUCGCUUCGAGGCGAAGCUUCCCUUCCAGGUUUACUCAUGCUGGAACGGCGGCGCCGUCUUCACUGCCAAACCGCUCCUCCAACACAACGUCACUUUCCGAGCUUCGUACAAAGACGAAUGCUACAUGGGCGAACCCACGCUCCUGUGCAAAGACUUCUGGAAACACGGUCAUGGCCGAAUCGCCGUGGUGCCCAGCGUGAACAUCGGCUACAACGAUGACGAGUCACGCGGCACAAAGAAAAAGUUUGGGUAUGCCACCGAGAUCAUCCAUCGGGCGGAAGACGAGAUGGGACUGGGCAAAUACAGCAAGAUCCAUUGGCAAGACACCCCACCGGACCUCAUCAAGUGUGAGCCGGACUGGCAGCACCCCACGUGGGUACGGUGGGACGAGGCGAAGGAGCAGGUGCCCUUCGACUGGACCCAUUCGGGAUACUUCAACGCUGAAAAGGCGACGGAGGAAGGCGUCUCGUUCGAAGACGGCGGCGGCGUAGACCCGUGA